AUGGACCGAUUCGAGGACCCUUAUGACGGUCGCCGAACACCUCCCAUACAAUCACGAUUGCAACAACCUCAAAACUACGCGCCAGCAGGGUCAUCACCACCACGUAACACGAAUCCAGCUGCUCAUCCAGAGAGUUCUUUCAAUCGAUUACGAGCCGAAAGGAGAUAUAGCAGUGGCCGCGGACCAGCAAGUCCCGUCGAAGAAUACGCUGGGAUAGAAUCUCCUCCUCCUCCACCACCACAUCGCGGGCAGAACGCUAGACAUUGGGCGCAAGAGUCGGGGUAUAAUACAAAUUCGCAGUAUUCAGACACAACAUCUGGAGUAGAUAAUUUCGGUCCGCAGGCUGCUGGUGGUAUGACUGGGAUUGCAUACAGUGUAGCGGAUGCGAAUGCAAGGGAGAGCGGUGUUGAAGCGAUGAGGAACACUCCUGGUUACGAUCCACAGAGGGAGAUGCACAACUACGAUCCGCAAAGAGAGGUGCUUGGCUACGAACCGCAGAGAGGAACACCCGACUACCAAGACUCACCAUACCAAAGGCCUGCGAUCAGACAGGACAUGUCCUCUGCUUCUUUGGCUCCUCUGGGUGCCGCGGCGUUUCCGGCUGGGUUAGCAUCACCACAAUCACGAUCGGUAGUUUCAAGGUCGCCUAGCAGCUUUAAUCAGGAUCCAUUUUCAGAUCAGUCAGCAUAUCGAUAUUCGAGAAAUGUUGAUCCAAAUCUCACCGAGUUCGACCCAAAUAGCAUCGCGGACGAUGGCGAUGAUGGAUUGGAGUACAGGAACGGGAAGAGGACAUCUAUGCUCAACCUAAGUAACAGUCAAUCAGACAGAAAUUUACCAAUAGCUGCUGGGGGUGUGGGAGGAGCUGCUGCCGCAGGAGGAAUAAUGGGUACACUUGGAGGCCUUGUCGGAAAGGGUGGUACAAAGCAAUACGACCCAGUGAGCGGACCUUAUAAUCCUGGGGAAUACAACCUGGGUGAGACUGGUACGGGGCAGGAGAAAAGCGAGUGGCUAGCGAAGCAGAAGACUGGAAGCAAGAAAUUGAAGAUUCUGGUGAUCAUACUAGCAUGUCUUGCACUUCUUGGUGCGAUUGCUGGUGGUAUCGUUGGUGGUAUACUUGGAAGUCAGAAAAAGAGCGCGGAGAAAGCGGCCAACGGUCCAUCUGGUGCUUCAGCGGCGGAGGACAAUAAGAGUAAUGGCGAUUUGAGUAAAGACUCGACGGAGAUCAAGGCAUUACUCAACAACAAGAAUCUACAUAAAGUCUUUCCUGGAAUCGAUUACACGCCAAUGUAUACUCAGUACCCCGAUUGCCUACACUAUCCAGCAUCUCAGAACAACGUGACAAGAGACGUUGCGGUUCUUUCUCAGCUUUCUAACACGAUCCGAUUAUAUGGUACAGAUUGCAAUCAGACCCAGAUGGUUUUGCACGCCAUUGACAGACUUGGCUUGAACGGCACCACGAAAAUAUGGAUGGGAGUAUGGCAGGACAAGAAUGCCACAACAAACGCUCGACAGUUGCAGCAAAUGUAUGAUAUAUUCGACUCCCACGGGUCAGCUUCAUUUGUUGGCGUCAUCGUUGGUAACGAAGUUCUUUUCCGAGAAGAUAUGACCAUCACAGAACUUGGAACGGUUCUUGAGAACGUUAAAAGUAAUCUCACAACUCGAGGAAUUUCCAUCCCAGUAGCAAGCGCAGAUUUGGGCGAUAAAUGGACACAGCCAUUCGCAGAUCAGGUUGAUAUCCUCAUGGCGAACAUCCAUCCGUUUUUCGCUGGUGAAGAGUCUACUGGUGCAGCAGCGUGGACAUGGCAGUUCUGGCAAAAUAAAGAUGUUCCAUUCAAACCGGACCUCUCCAAGAACUAUAUUUCUGAAACAGGCUGGCCUGCGAAAGGAGGUAAAUCAUGCGGUGAAGCCACCACCUGUGCCGUUGGCUCCGUCGCCGGUAUCACAGAAUUGAACAACUUCAUGGACGAUUGGGUAUGUGGCGCCUUGGCAAACGGCACCAAUUACUUCUGGUUCGAGGCCUUCGACGAGCCCUGGAAGAUCAAAUUCAAUGAACCCGGGAAGGAAUGGGAGGACCAGUGGGGAUUGAUGGAUGUGAAUAGGGUUCUGAAAUCUGGGGUCAAGAUCCCGGAUUGUGGUGGCAAGACUGCACCUUGA